AUGGCGGGGUACGGCCCGCGGCGCGGGGCGGAGGCGGCGGAGGAGCUGUGGGGGGUCCUGCUGCCCCUGCAGCGGACCGAGGACUCGGAUUCGGAGGCCGAAGAGGAGGCUGAGGAGGAUCCGCACUUUGCGGAAGCUGCGCUGCUGGAGGAUUCCGGGACGAAGUUAACGGCCGCGCUGCCGCCUCGCCGAGCUGUUGUUAUACAAGAAGAGGUCUCCAAGAAGGAGUAUCCAGUGGUUGGACGUUUUCCAUUAGUUGGCCCUUGGUGGAGAGUCAAUGUUAAAGCUAAGAGGAUGGGGUCAAAGUACUUUGUGCAAGGCUCCCCCUCGUACUUCCUGCGGACUGACAUAGAGGAGAGCAACCGGCACGUCUUCUCGCUCUUUCUUAAGGAGUGUGAUGUGCCUGAGGACUUCAAACAAAGGUUUUUUGCUUGGCUGCCUGUGGACUCUGUGCUGAGUUUCAGGAACCUCAAGGAAAAACUGAAACAGUUCCAAGCUUCAUGUGUGCAGAGAGGGCAGAAGCACAGGAGCACCAAGGACCACGACAUCAUCUACUACGUUUCACAGUCACUUGCAGGAAAGGCAGUUCUGGUAGCUCUGGCUUUUCCAAGGAUAUUGGAGUUCCUGCCAGUCCUUCUGCCCCGCCACUUCUGCUGUCUGGUGGAUAUGGUGUCCUGGCAAACAAAGACUGAAGAAGACAAUGGUGAGGAUGGAGAGGAGGUGCACUUUGAAGGGGAGGUGCUGCCAAAAUUGGAUGAGAUGCUAGAGAACGAUCCGUGGAAACUGGGAUUCAGCAGGAUUACCUAUAGGGAACUGAACCUUUCCUACUGUGAGGCAACCUGGGCAGCCUUCUGCCAGUGUGAGCAUCUCCUCUGGAAGAUUCCUGCCUUGCAGAAGAAUGCAUUGAUUCUGUAUGAUCUGCUGAAGAAGCAGUGCAGGGAGUUGGGACACACAUACGAAGAGCAGGACGAGUUGGCUCGCUUCGUGGCGAAGCAGAUGUCCAUCGAGCACGUGUGGCAGGCUCUGGAGUUUCUGAAAGAUCAGCACAUAGUCAUCAGGGAGAAAAAACUGGUGUUUCUGCCUCAUCUUUACAGAUCUGAGAAAGACAUUGCCACCUGCAUAGGUGACCUCCUGUCAAGCAGCUCGUGGCAGCUGGAUGUCGACGUGAGAAAGGUACUGAACGGGUCUGAGGCCUGGAGAGAAAUGGGAGACGACAGAGGGAGCGCUGCCCAGGCUCAGGGAGUGGAACAGCUGAAGGAAAAUUGUCAGGGCAAUUCUAACUGUGAAAAUCACUUCCCUGAAAAGGAAUUGGGGCCUGUGUCUGGUACCCAAGGUAAAGCAGAGGUGGACUUGGAUCAGCUGACUGCUUUGAAAAAGAUUUGUGCUAAUCCUGUCACGGUCAUUAGUGGCAAAGGAGGCUGUGGGAAGAGUACCAUAGUGAGCUGCCUCUUUAGGCACAUGAAGCAGAUGGAGAAAGAAGUGGAAGCUGCUUCCAAGGACUUUGAAGAAGACCUGGAUGCAUCUGAGGAAUGGAAUACCUUUGAUCAUCUGUCAGAGUCAGAGAAUAAGUACACACCAAAAACGUUGAAUGUGCUCUUUACUGCACCCACAGGGAGGGCUGCAAGCCUUCUGCGUGAGAAAAGUAAGCUCCCUGCAUACACACUGCAUCAGGUCAUCUAUAGUUUUAAAUCAUGGAAGCAAAGUGAGAAAUGUCAGCCAUGGAAGUUUGCUCAUGUGACAGUUCUGGUUGUGGAUGAAGGAAGCUUGGUGUCUGUACACAUCCUUAGUCUAGUUUUAAAACUCUUGUGUGAGCAUUCUCAGCUCGCCAAACUUAUUAUUCUAGGUGAUACAAGGCAGCUCCCAAGCAUAGAGCCAGGAAACAUGUUAGCUGAUAUGUUUGAGGGCCUCAAGUCAAGAGGCUUCUCCGUGGAACUGCGAACGAAUCACAGAGCUGAGUCACAGCUGAUUGUGGAUAAUGCAACAAGAAUCUCUCACCGGAUGGUUCCCGAGUUUGACGAAGUGCUGAAGGUUUCUGACUGGAAUGAGGGAAUGAGAAUGCCAAGCCCAGAGAAGAAAUUCAUCCUGAUUGAGUUGCCUGCUGGUGGGGAUUGUGACAGUCUGCAAACUGCCAUCAAGACUUUGCUGAAAAAGGGGCCAGGGCUGGAGGAUGCCAAGCAGUCACAGUUCAUUGCUUUCAGAAGGCAAGACUGUGAUCUAAUAAAUGAACUUUGUUGCCAGCACUACUCAAAUCACGUCACCAGGGACCACAGAAACCGACUUGUGUUUCAAAUUGAUGACAAGAUCUCCUGCAUGAGGAAUACCUACCUCAGGGACCUCUUGGCAGACUCUAAAUUUAAAGGGGAUCCUCAUCACCAGGAAUGCACAAAUGGAACCCCCCCCCCGACUGCAGAGCCUGCUGAGGAGGACAGACGACUCUGCAACGGAGAUAUAUUCUUCAUAACAGGGGAUGUAGAAGUCGAUAAGCAGCGCUUCCUGACCAUCAGCAGCACCUACGGCUCCACCUUCCAUGUGAAGUAUAAAGCCCUGAAGAAGCUGUGUAACAUAAAACAUGCAUGGGCCAAGACCAUUCACACAUUUCAGGGUUCGGAGGAGAGCACCGUUGUGUACGUGGUGGGCACCGCCGGGCGGCAGCACUGGCAGCACGUGUACACGGCCGUGACCAGGGGCCGCUGCCGCGUCUACGUCAUGGCGGAGCAGCAGCACCUCCGCAGGGCGGUCACCAGCAAGAACCUGCCCAGGAAAACUCGCCUGCAGAGGUUCUUGAGAGAGGCAGUGGCGGAAACCGGCAGCUGGCCCAAACAGCCUUCCACUCCCCUGCCCGGGAGCUGCUGGCAGAGUCUAAAGCUUGAGCCCCAGGCUGUUGCGCUAGCUCAGGCUGCUCCUGACCCAGCUGAACCUCUGACUGGCUUGGCCGAGCAGCAGGAGCUUAGCUCAGCAGCCCUCAAUGAAGACAGGCAGAAGGGCCUCUUGCAGAGUCCGUGUAAGAGACAGCAAACACUGCUGGAGAGUUCUGAGGAUGCUGUGAACCUGCACUCUGACUCCCCACUUGGCUCUACCAGACUUAAGAAUCUAACCUUGGGAAAACCAACUCCCAGGAAGCUUUUCAAAAGCUAACAGACAAUUCAGUGGCCUUGCUGUGAACCUUUCUUGAGCCUGGGUUUUGGUCAAGAGCUCUGGAGCAGAGCAGCUGGGUAUGCAGCUGGUCCAUGCAGGGCAGCUUGUUUUAAAGCAAACCUUUUGUAUGUUCUAUGA